AUGGCCGAUGACGAAACUACAGAUCGUGAUGAUGCCACAAUCGAUCAGGCACCAUCGAUACACUCUACUGUUGAAAGCAGUCCACCAUCCUUAGCCGAUGUGUCCUUACAAACAGGACAAAGUUUAUUAUUAGAUAUUGUAGAAGAUAAACCAUUACAACUUACGAAACAAACCUCGACAACUCAGAUUCCAGUUAUAACAGCUACUCAAUCAUUCAUGACACAAACUAUAGAUGCCACAACUUUCCCAGAUCAGCAAAUAAAAGAAACAAUCAAGGUAGUAAAACUGUCUGAGGGUGAUCAUGAUGUUAUCGAAAUAGCAACAAAGAACGCAAGGGCUGAUGUAAGUCAAAAUUUAAUUCGAAGUGAACAAAGUAACGUCGUACCUGAUGAUAUAAUAGUUGAUAUGAAAUAUCAAGAUGGUCAAAGGGAAGAGAAUGCUAAAAGCGAAUUAAACAUUCAUCAUGCGACUCCUCAAUCUUUCGAAACUGUACUCGUUGAACCAGACGACGUGACUACUGAAAUAGUUGUCGAUGCAGAUGGUACGAAGAGAAUUAUCGUUAGAAAGUUAAGACACACAGUUGUUUCCAACAGACACGCUCAACAACAUGCAUCGUCGAUUACGACAGCUCUUGGUGAGGAUGCGUCAAUGAUGCAAGCAUUUUCAGAAGCAACCCUGAGAGAUCAAUACGUCACGGUUACUACAACGAAACCUGAUGGUACCGUAGAAACAUUAACGAAACAAAUUCACGGUAGUAAAGUAACAACAGGUAUACCAGAUGCAGAAUAUUUCGAAGAGAAAUAUGAAUCAACACCACAGUAUACCCACAAAAUAACUCAGGGAGCUGUCAGAGAUAUCAGUCCUUUACCUAUGGAAGAACAGAUAUUAGAACAUGGUCAGUAUCAAACGAAGACAUCUAGCGUUCACGCUGUAGUACAACAAGUGACUAGAAGAGUUAUCAAGAAAACGCGAAGAAUUAUACGAAAAGUUACAAUCAUAGAUGGUAAGGAAACUACAAGCGAGGAGAUAAUUGAAGAACCUGAAGAAAUAGAAAUAGAUGAGCAAGAUAUACCGCAUAUUAAUAUCAAUGUUAUUAAAGACGAAAGUGAAAAAACAUUUGGAUUAGAAAAAAGGGUAAGUGAUGAAAAGAAACAAGAGCCAUCAUUAUUCUCAAGCUUCUCAGGAAAUAUACAAAGUGAUACUUCUUAUGAACAGCGUUGUCCAGAUAGUCCUAUGCAAGGUCCAUUCUUUGGUCCGUUUGCAAAGGAUAUGUCAAGCAUACGUCGAUCUGAGGUAAAGAAAAAGUCUAUUGAAAGUACUAUCAUUGACGAUACGAAAGUUGAUGCGGGGAAAACACGCGACGAAUUAAAAGAAGCAGGAAAAGUUGAAGUUAAAGAUUCGUGGGACGAUACAAAUGAACAAAAGCUUAUCAUAAAGGAACAACCUAUUACUGUAUUUCAAGAACAAGAUAUUCUUACUUGCACUGUCACUGAUAUUCCAUCUGAAUCUGUCGUUGAUAUUCAUAGCCACGAAGAUGUUGUUACAGAGGUAAAUAAUACGGGGCAAACACUUCUAAAGGAACAAGUAGUGUCCUAUCUAGGAGAGUCUAUUAUUUUGCAGACACCAGAUGAGGAUAUUCCUGCUGCUAUGCAAUCGUCAGUAUUAUCGGAGGAUCCAGCAAAGACCGACAACGCAUCAGUUACAACUAAAGCUACUUGUAAGUUUGACGAUGUAAGCUACAAAACACUCGAUACCUUGGUAGAAAGCAGCACGGUAGAUGUAGCAAAGCACGAUGAUGGUAGCAAUAUUCUAGAUGCUGACAAAGAAACUAGUAGAUCGAGUAUUUAUAUGUUAGAGGAUACACGGAAAAUUCAAGAAGAGGCAUUACCCACAAUGGAGAGCAAACUGGAAGAUAAUAAUGUCGAACAAUUACCAAAACAAUUAGCAGAUAUUCAAUUUGAUGUUAAAAUAGAAGAGGUUACAUCACCAGAAAUAAUUCAAAUAACACAAACUACAGACGAGGAUAUUAUCCAUAAAGAUGUUCCAAGAAAAUCGUCUGUUGGAAAAGUUGAAAUUUCUUUGUCUAUUCAAAAACACGAUGAAAAACCAGAGUCUAUAGUAUACAUAAAAACCCAAUCAGAACGUUCAAAUGAACGACCAUAUCAUACUGUCUUAGAAGAUGUUAAGAUCAGUCUUCCAGCGGAUCAAGAAGCCUCCGAAAUAAUUCAUAACAAAACUGUGCAGACGAGUCCAUUAAAUAUCGUUCAAAAAGACACGGUAACAACUCAAACAUCGAUACCUUUGAGUACUGAAACGAGCCAACAAGACUUGGUGAAUGAUAAAUUAAACUUACCAGAGGAUCAAAAAGCGGAACUACAACAACAACAAAAAGAGGAACUACAAGAGGAACUAAUACAAGAAGAACUACAACAAGAUGCAGGAACUGUUAGUCCGGUUUCCACAACUAUUGCUGAGUCAAUAGAGAUCAGUGUACCAUUAUCCGAAUCACCAGAACAUACCAGCGAACAACCUCAACCAGACAUAAUAGAAAUUACCGAUUCACUAGGACUAAGCUUACAUAUUAAAAACGAGAGUUUUGAAUAUGAUCAUGGAUAUGAACCAGAUGACAGAACAACGGUUGAAGAAUCUUUUUCUGCUCAAGGUGACGAUGAUAUAGGUAGAAAGAAGAAAAAGAAAAAGAGAAAGAAACAAAAAAUUCGCGAAGUAAUAGAAGAUUCCUCUGGAGUACCUAAAAGUUCUUCGGAUGAAGCAAAUUCAGCGAGCAAGGCAACGAUGUCAGAUGAAGAAGACGACGUGAUCGAAAAAACGAAAGAAAUUGAAACUGUCGAAACAAAGCCUAUCAUUGAAGAACCAGAGAUCUGUGUGGAUAAAAUUCCUAUUGACACGCAAACUGUGGUCAUAGAAACAUGUGAUGUAUCAAUUUCUCCGGAACAAAAUAAGGAAUUAAUUUCUAUAGAAUCAGUAGCUGACACUGUAGAACAGGAAGUACAAACAUUUAAAAUAGAAGAAACAGAUAGUCAUAUGCAAACUUCGCCACAAGCUAUGUUUGCAAGUGCUAUGCAAACGGUUCAGGAAGAAAUACCUGAAAUAAAAGAAUCCAGUAUACAAACGGUAACACCUACGAAAACACCAACGACGGAAAACGCGAUUCAGACCAGUCCUAUUGAAGACGUUUCAUCAUCACCUAUUGUGCUCGAAACUGAAGAUUCACAUGUACAAACAACCAUAGAAAUGAAUUCAGCAGAAAUGCAAACUUCUCCGAUAGAAUACAUUCCUUCGAUAGAUAUGGAAACUCAAACGUUACCGAAAGUAUCAAUCGACGUUGAACAACAAACCUCAGUUCCUGCGACUAUAGAACAAACGACAUCUCCUGAUGUAUCAGAGACAGUCGAAGUAAACGUACAAACGAGCAAACCACCUAGUCCUGAGAAACCAGAAAUGUUAGAUUUCGAUGUUCAAGCUGAACUGUUGGAGAAAGCAAUAUUUGAAACCGCAGAAACACAAACAAUGUCGAAUGAACCAGUACAACAAAUGGAAACUCAAGAAACAGAGAUACAAACAAAAUCGCCUGAACUUUGUUCAUUAGAAACUAUGGAAACUCAGACAACUCCUGAAGACAGUCUGAAAAAAAUCGAAACAGAGGAAAGGGAAAUACAAGUAAAAUCGUUCCAACUAUUCCCAUUUGAUAGCAUAGAAACCCAAACGACGCCAGCACAGAGUCCUCAUAAAGUAGAGAUUAUGGAAAAAGAAGUACAAGUGCAGUUAAUGGAUAUUACUUCUCCUGAAACAGUGGAAACACAAACGACGCCUCAGGAAAGUCCACGACAAAUAGAAAUCUUGGAAAGAGAAGUUCAGACAAAAUCACCGUCACCAAUUACUGACAUUAUGAUUCAAACAAGUCCAAUGAUUAACCUAGAACCACGAGAAAGUUAUGAUCUUGAAACACAAACUAUCCAGGAGUCAAUGGAAUAUGGUACGGAAGAAGAAACACAAACUAGCUCGCCAGAAGUCGUAGAAACCAUUAGUAGUUCUAUGCAAGUAGAAUCUAAAGAAUUAAUACCUCUUCUUGAUAAAACUUCACAAAUAUCUUCCGAAAAUUCUGAGAAAAGUUCACAAGUCUCACCCAAGUUACAAGAAGAGCGUGACGAGUCAACGUCGGUACAUACUAUCACUGAAGAUCAACUUCUGGAAACAAUAGCAUCGGUUGCAUCAUCCGAUGAUAUAAAAACGCAAUUGAGUUCAACUCAGUCAACAGUCGUAGAAGCUACAGAAACAUUACUAAAAUCAGAAAUCAGUGAUGCUUUGGUGCAGUCACCACAAUUUGAUAUAAAAAUAUCUGAAGAGACUUUGUUUCUUCAAAAGGAAAAUGAGGUUAUGAAAAUGCCGAAAGAAGAAAUCAUGGACCAACCGUUAGAGAAAGAAGAAGACAUUGAUGAAUCGAACAAAUCAAUAGAUAUAUUGCUCGAAAAGAAUUCAACGCCGGAUACCUCAUUCGAAGUACACAUCAAAGCGACGAUAGAAUUACCUAAUAGCGAAACAUCUAGCGAAGCUAUAAUGAAUUCGGAAUCAUCGACAGAUAUUUCGCAAGAUGUAUCACUCAGUCCCAAAACGGGUAAUUUAGACUCUAUAUUUGGACAACCAGCACAAACACAAAAUUCAUCUUUGAAAUUAUCUUAUUCCGACGUAACUAAGAAAAAUACAAAUAAGCAACCAUUCGCAGUAAAUGUUGAUGAACCAAUAACUGCUCAAAGUUUUGGAGAGAACGUUGAUUAUACAUUAACCAAAUCUUCUGCUCCUUUGGAUCUUGACAAGGGACUUAAGAAAGAAGUUCAAGAAAUGAAUUUAGGAGAUGAAACAAUACCGAUGUCUUUGGAUACAAGUAUCAGUCCUGUCUCACAAUCAACAAUUUUUGCUGAUUUAUCUAACCCGUCAAAAUCAGAUAAACCAUUCGAAUCUUCCUUAACGAGUGAAGGUCAACGAUUCGAAGCUCUCUUCGUAUCUACUCCCAGCGAACCAAUGGAUACAACUAUGUCGCCAGAUGAGUCACCAUCAUCAAAUCAAAUUGAAAAACCAAUAAAAACACAAGCGAAGACUUACGCGGAAGCUAUUUCACAAUUAUUAAAAACUUCAUCGACACCUGGUGUAGUCGAAUACGAAAAAGAAUAUGAUACAUUAGCAUGGGAAGAUCGAUUACUUGUUCCUCACUCAACAAAUUCACAUAAAACAACUAAUCAAACAGAGUUUUCAUUAAGAGAAGCAAUAGAAGGAAGAAAUCCUCAACAUCAGCCUACCCAAAAGAUCCAAACUACACGAAUAAUUUCGGAUAGAGUGAAAAGUCUUAACAAUGCAGCAGAGACGGAUCAUUUGGGCAAUGUAUUGCACGUUGCUCGUUUAAGCGAAGUUAUGACAGAUAAAUCGGCAGAAGAACGUUCAUUGGAUGUACGGAAGGAAUUAACACAGCUCAGAAACGCUAUAGAAGAAAACGAUAUAGUAAUCGUCGAGGAAACUCUUCUCACGGUUAUAGAAACUAUAUCCACGUGGUUAGAAACGAUCGAAUAUAGAAUUUUUCUCAAUAGAGAGUGUCCAAGUGAACUGUCUCACAAUGAUGCGAAAACUUUUAUCGAGCUGAAGGAAGAAGUAGAUCAUGUAGAAGAGAACAUCCGAGAACUCAAUGACAUUUGGAAACUCGUUGAAGCCAAUUAUCCUAUUGAAGAACGUGCCAUAUUGAGAGAAUGCUUUGACGCGCUCGAACAACAUGUGAAAGCCGUCGAACACGUGACAAAUACCAGCGAGGAAUGUGCUAGUAAUCAUCUCGCCAAGUGGGAUGAAUUAUUAAAUGGUGUAAAUAAUAUAUACAGAUUAGUCGAAGAACAACGUAAGCAACUGGAUAAUAUAAUCGAAUGCGAAGCUUCGACAAGAUGGAAACUUCAAGAACUAGAUAAGAUGGAGAACAUGAAUCGUUGUCACAUGUGGAAGACUGGAAAGCUUCUUGCUACUUCGCAUGAAUUACUCCGAGAUUACCCUGGAAAAAUUAUUCCAGAAGAGACUUACUUAGCUCACGAAAUUACCAAAAUCAUCGAGAACAGUAUAAGCAUAGAAAGAGAUCGACUUCUUCAAUUGCUCGCUUUAGCUGAAGAAUACGAACAAACCUUACAGGAAUUUUCACAAAUUAUUGAAAUUGCUGAGAAUUUGCUACAGAGUCCAAUAUCUGUCAUGAAUUUGGAACAUCUUCAAGAAGAAAUGCAAAAACAUAGGAAAUUCUUUGUUAAUUUGAAUCAUUGUCGCGCAAUUUUAGAAUCAUUGGAAGGCAAUCUGGAUCUAGAAACUAGAGCCAAACAUACUGAUUUGCACGUAGAAUUACAUAGUCGUGCAUCUUCGUUGCUUGACCAAGCUGCCUCUCGAGCGCAACAAAUGGCAUUAGCAGCUACACGUUGGAUUCUUUUAGAGCAAGGAGUAAAAGAGGAAAAAGGCUGGCUUCAAGUAGCUCAUCAACGUGUUCCUGAUCUCCAGACGGUCACUUCUUCCGACUAUGAUCAAUAUAUUUCUUUGUAUCAGUCUUUAUCUUCUGACGUUGCCACACAUCACGCCCGUAUCAUUCAACUAUUGGACAUUGCAAAUCGUUUAGAAGAAUUGGUGACCAUUGAAAAUUCUGAAGAUCGUUAUAACGAAGUCUUAGAUGUGAUCGUUAAACUUCAGGAUAGUAUAGAAUCUUCUUUAAGACGAUUAUUAUCAUUCCGAGAAAAUUGGAGUACCCAGCAAACAUUAAUCAAUCGUAUCGAGAAUUGGAUGACAACAGCCGAAAAAGAGCUAGUUCCUCUAAGUGAUACAUCAAAUGGAAGCAUGCGUCGUUUUUGGGAAUUAAAAGCUCAAUAUGAAAUACACAAUAACAUGCGCAACGAAGCAGACAAGUGUUUCGAGCAAGCUUUAAAGAUCAUUCCUCUUUCUGACGAGAUGCUUCAAAGACAAUUCCACGGUGAAUUACAAUAUCGAUGGAAAGACGUGACGGAAAAAAUCAAUGAAAUUCAGUCGGAGAUUACGCGUAACAUUUCCUCCGAAGAUAUCUCCUCGAACGAAAGAUUGAAAAUAUUGGAAAAAGAAUUAAACGAAUUGAGAAUGUGUCUCGAUGAUUUACAUGGAGUGUUGAAGACGGAGGAAGAGCUUGAUCUUUACAUAGAAAGACUUACCGUCCUAUUCGACAGAGUUUCGUUGAUUCAAGAUAAACUAAGUCGCUUGGGUCUUCUACCAGCGGCAGAAAGUGAAACUGUUGGAAUUCUCUUAUCGUCCGCUCAUCGUAUAGAGAGUCAGAUAAGUGAAGAAUUGGAUUCGGCUCAAUUACUUCGAGAAAAACUUCAAGCAUUAAAACGUGGACUUGGACAUGUCAGGAAAGCUCAUCAAAAACAUUCCUUGACUUUGGAUCAAUGCGAAGAAAGCGAAAAGCAAGGAAGCGACGUUGUCUCAGCUGCUGUAGAUCGCUGCGAAUCCGUUUCGGAUGAGUUAAUAGUUCUUUGGCACGAUCUUAUGAGUCUUCGGCAAUUGUUACAUAAGUUGCCAUCCGGCAUGAGAAUCAGUGUAUCACCUGUAGGCAUCGAACGCGAUAUCUCCGCUCUUCAGGAUGCUCACACUGAACUAGAAUCUAGAUGCACACGUUUACUAUCCACAUUACGAAAUAGACUUGCAUUGUGGAAUCACUUUGAAAAACAUUUGGAAAUGGUACAACAAUCCGUUCAAGAAGCUGAUUAUAUGAUGGAGCUCUUAACUGUUCAAGGAUCGGUGGAUUACGAUAGAUUACUCAAGGCUACCGAGCGACUUGAGUUUGUAUCGCAUAUCAAAUUCACUUCCUGUAGUUAUCAGUUUUCUAUUACGUAUAUAACUUUAACGUCACCAACCUUUUCGUCUUAUGGAAAUUCAUAUUCUUAA